AUGCGUCUUCUUUCAGCGUCACGUCUCCUUUUAUUAUUAACGCCGGCUCUCCCAUUUGUGUCUGCGGAGACAACGACCACCAGCGAGGCUCCGCCAGCAUGCACCGCGAGUGGUGGAUCUACAGCUAUCGGCGGCUUCUUUGAUCUACGGCCUGACAUCGCGGUGGCCCCCGAGGAAGAAGGAAAGUUGAGGAAGCGGGCAGUGACCGCGGACUAUCAUGCGAACGGGUUCGACUACAAAUCCAACUUCACUCUAAACAUUUGCGCGCCGGUGGUUAAGCCGGUGAGCGAUGUCGUGGGCCUCUCAAAAACCCAGUGGCAAAAUGUGAGCGCUUAUUAUACCUCGGUUGAUGGGGACAUAUACUCUAUAGGGCAAGAGUCUAUGAGGCUGCAGACAAGGGGCCGGAAGCUCGUUCUCCAGUAUACGGGAGGCUCUCCCUGCGGCAAGAACGCUAAAUCGAAGCGGGAUUCCCGCGCUGUCCACGAUGGCGCCACUUAUAAAUACGAAGACUAUGUCGACGACGAGGACGCCUCCACCGAGGACAAGACUCAGGCCACGCGGACCAAAAGCCAUGACGACGAGGACGACGAGGACGAGGACGAAAAGCAUAAGAAGAGCGAUAGGCGCAAGUCAACCAUCAUAUCAUUCCUUUGCGACCGUGAUCCUCUUGCCGCGCAUGCAGCGGUUCAUUUCGUUGGCACCGACCCCGACGAGUGCGCCUACUUCUUCGAGGUACGGUCGCAGCAUGCGUGCAUCGCCGCCGAACCGCAUCAGCCUGGAACAAUCGGACCCGGCGGCGUAUUUGGGCUCAUAGUGGGCAUUGCGCUCGUCGUGUAUUUCGCAGGCGGCAUCUUUUACCAGAGGACGGUAGCGCACGCUCGCGGAUGGAGACAACUUCCCAAUCAUAAUAUCUGGCAAGGCAUUUGGACCUUCAUUUCAGCUCCUCCCUGGACAAGGGGCUAUAGGCCCCUCUCGCGGUCCCCAACAAACUGGCGGAACCGGGAUGACGAGAAUAGGCUUAUCGACCAGCUUGAUGAGGAGUGGGACGAUUGA